UUUUACCCCAAUCCAAUACCAAUGAUGUCAAAGUGCCGACUCCAGCAUAUCCAAGAUGUUGGGUCCAUAAUCCAAGAUGGAUCCAGCCUCCAAGAUGGCGGGUCUAGCAUCCUAGAUGGGUCGAAUGACGGGUACCCUGGGCCCCAGAAUUUUCUCAGGCUCAAGUGUCCCCAUACCUACUAGUCUAAUUGUGAUUCACGGUGUUUUUUGAAAAUCUUGAAGGAAGGAUUAUUUUAUAUUGUAAGUGGUGUUCCUUUGAAUGCUGGAGUCGACGUAAAAACGAGGCCACUGCUAGCUGCGAGUUCCGCGGUGAAUUUGUUUACACCACAUCUCUGGCAAUAUGCCUUAGUUUUCCUGAAGAUGCAAUUCGUCAGUCUCGAGAUAAAGUGUGCAGAAGAGGUUAAGCAAUCUUAAUAAAAGAUUUAAGUUAUUGUCAAGUGAAGUAGUAAAAGUUUGUGGAAAGUUGUUAAAAUCAACAAAAUUAAUUACAUACGCUAACAUUACGGAAAAAUUAAAAAGAAAAUAACUUUUAAAGAGGAAUAUCCCUCAGUUUGUCCGGGUUCAGAAAAAGUUUGUAUGGUCCGAGCAGCCACCGAAAAUUUGUUUAUCUUCCUCAUCAAACCAGAUUUCAGAGGUUGUCAGUGUGCAUGUGAGUUAAGUGCGCCUUUAUCGCAAAUCUUGUACGAUCAGAUUAUUUGGAUUAUUGAAAAUUUUUGUUUUUCAUUAUCGACCGCCUGCGUGUGGGGUAUUAUGUCCAAACAAACUUUCUCUUUCUUUCAGGGAUAUUUUGGAAUAAAUUUUUGUCAUCGUCAAUCAUUUGAUUGUGUGUUUGUUCGAAUCCUUUGUGCGACCCAGAUAGAGUGUUCGUGUGAGAUUCUUCAAUUCUGACCCAAGAUUUAUUUUAGAUAUUAAUAAAAAGUUGUGUAAUAAAUUCUAUGGAAUGUUCGGAAGUUGAGUGAGGCCACCGAGUCUCUCACAUGGAAAAAAUUAAGUCAAUAUUAAUACUUUUCUUGUAGCAGAUGACGGAUAUGUACGUGGAGAGAUCAUAAAAUUCACUUUCAAUUUAUUUGAGCUAGCUGGACAGGUGUUUUUGUGGGUGGUGUAGUUUUAGGGCCGUUGUUAACGAUGUCACAGAGGCUUCAUGGUAAAUAGAAAAUACACUCUUCCCUUUCAAAAAAAAGCAGUCAAAUUUCCAAAAUGUUUUUUUUUUCAAUCUUCUGUUGACAUAAUUUGCUCAUAAAGAUUCCUCUACACCUGUUCACAGAUUACCGUAAUCUGUGAGCUGGCUGUUAAUUUCCCAUGGGGUGUGAUGCACAAAUUUUCUUGUUGAGGGUGAAACGGUCAGAAUAACAAUGAAAACCUUUUGGAUGUUAGUAACAGUUUUAUUUUCAGUGCUUAUCUGCGACUCCCGAAAUGAGCUUGGUGGUUUAUAGGACUACCAGCAUAUUGUUCCAAUUAUUUUUCAACUAUCAAGUUUUACAUAAGUAUUGCAAAAAGUCAUUUCUGCCAUGGCGAAAUGUUCCAGUAAAAUUUGAGCAGCCAGAAGAUGAAAACGUGUUACUAAUGAAAAUUAUUCCGAAAAAACAAUUACCUGUGAGCACUGAGUACCUUCCUCAUCUAUUUUACUUUGUAAUUGAUGGGUUUAAAAGAGGACAUCAGAAAGUAAUACCCACCAUGGAAAAGUGGGUACCUGGAAUCGGAACAACUUUGAUAGUGCCACCUCAGAAAUACAAAACGCAUUUCGCGAAUAGUAUCGAUAUAUUCACGGAAUUUAGAGAAUUACGACCUUCUGAAAUAUUACAACUUUUUUUGAUUAUGUUGGAGCACCCGGAUUUCCAUGCAAGUCCCUUCAUACCGAUGAUGGAGUCACAUUUAGUCAAAGAUGAAACAAUCGAUUCAGAUUUAGUGGAAUCGGAUGACAAACUUUCGGAUAUUAUUUUGGAUGAAAAAAGUUGAAAUCUAGCACUAAAUUAAGUACGUUGGAAAAAGAUCUUGUUAUGUUUGUAAAUAAAUUGUUAGUAUACUUGC